AGGAUCUCAGGAGUCCAGGGAGCGACCUGAGGAGCGACGAUGAAAAUCGUAAAGAAGGAGAGUGGGAGAGUGUCUGGUAGUGAAGCGGAGUGGGACUCAGUCACGAAGUCUCACGCCUUCCACCAGUUCUCAGUCCGAAGACGAACGUACUGGUAGGUAGUGGUUUGCCGCUCCGCUCCGAGACCAUCCGUGCGCGUGUGUGCGUGUGGCGUGGUUGGUGUGUGUGCGCGAGCGUAGAACGGCACAAGAGCGGCUCCUCCGGAACGUCGAUGUGUCAGUGUCGAUCUUGAGGCCCAUACGGGGGACUUUGUCACUUUUUUUCGAGCCUGCAUUCGCCGUCAUCGUUCAGAAAAGAUUCGUAGUAUCGAGUUUGACGGUCUUUUUCGAGCAGCAUCCGCCAUUUUCGCUAUCUCCGCGCGUGAGGCCCAAUGAGGCCCACCGGUGCUGGUACAGUGAUUCGCGCGGCCGACGCCUGCGGCCGCGCCUCUGGAUUCCACAAACAUCGGCACACGGCUCGUAGAAAUAAUUGUUAAAUUCUCACCGUCGCGUCGGCUUGUUUCCUCUACUCGUCGUUCUCCAAGGAUAUCUACGGUGGCCCCUGACCGCGAAUGUACCGUGUACUGAGUAUGCGUAUAUGUACAUGUGACAGCGGCUACACGUGGAGGUGCAUUAGUGAGGGACAGCGACGGCUACGCCAUUGCGUCGCAUACCAGCGAGGGCCCCGGGUCUGGUAGCGGAGAAGGGGUUAUAGAGAAGCCUAGAGAACUGAAAGGAAGCAACAGAGACAGAGCACGGGAAGGGGCUGUGAUAGAGAGAAGAGGUACGAAGGGAAAGAAAGCGACGGAGACAGUGAAGGAAGAGAGAGAGAGAGAGAGAGAGAGAAGAAGAAGGGACAGAGGGAGUAAAACGGGGCCCGAUACUAGCAGAGGGGGAUUUGCAAGAAGGCGGCCAUAAUGGCCUGAAGCGAUCUCUGGAGCGAGCGGCUACAGCUGCUGCGAAAUAUCCACGCUGCCGAGUUCCUCUCGCUGUUACUGCGCGUACGUAUUUUGCAACGCUGCGCUGCGACGACGUGUAUGCGCUGCAUCGUGUACACACCGCUUAUCCGCCUGUCUUUGGAAAGCAGCGACUGCGUAAUCGACUGCGAGUGCUACCAGGCGGAGUCUCGACGCAACAUAAUCGCUCAAUGAGCUCCUGAGUCACAUCCGCGAGUCUAUGUUACGCGUGGGAAACGAUUCUCCAGAUAAUAAUUGACGAGAAUCAUAUUAUAACUAAGAAAAAAAAAAUCAUAUCGCUCUGUCGCCGAUUGGGAAGAUCGACGCUUGUCAUAAAAUCUACGGUACCACGCAUCGAAAUCUCCGAAUGGUUUCUUCGUUUAGAACAAUUCUAGAUUAUUUUUAAUAUCAUGUUAUAAAAUACGCGACUGAUUCGCGUAUGAUAAUAUUUUGUUUCUGUUCGAAAAUUAAAAGUAAUUAUCUAAUAAGAUUAACCGGAUUAAACCAAAGUUCUUGAUUUUUUAUGGCAACUUGGAUUAUCAAAGAUAGUUUUCUGAUUAUUAAUGAAUAUUAAUUGCGUUCGUAGUUUCCAAAUUGUGUCACGAAAUUCAAUUCGAUUGAAUCUUUCUGAUCGACAAGUUAAUUGAGCCGAAUAAAAAAAAAUGACGGGAGCUAAUCAGGAUACGGCGACACCGUAUUGUCGCUGUAGAGUACUCUAUUUGGGUAGUUCAGUACCUCAUGCGAGCAAAGAGGGACUCCUGGGUGUUCAGGAGCCUCUGAGAGAACUUUAUCCCGAGCAGGGUGCAUUGGGUGCGCGCGGAAUUGACUCCUGGCUAAGUGUUUGGAGCAAUGGCUUACUCUUGGAGAAUGUUGACGAACAUCGCAAAAAAAUUACGCGAUUCUUCCCUAUCGAAGCGCUACACUAUUGUGCGGCGGUCAGACAUGUCAAAGGUGGAAACGGAGAUACAUCCAAUACACGUUUUCUGCCGUUGGAUUCGCCGUUCGCGCGAACGCCCAACGCGAAUCAUCCACCCCUGUUCGCCGCCGUCCUGCGAAGAACGACCGGCAUUAAAGUUCUCGAGUGUCAUGCGUUCAUCUGCAAACGGGAUAUGGCGGCCAACGCCCUGGUAAGGUGUUGCUUCCACGCUUAUGCCGAUAGUAGCUACGCGAAAGGCCUGGAACCAUCAUCGGCGACGACGAACGGGGUCGCGAUUGGUCAUCAAUCGAACAACAGUCUCUAUCACACUCUAGGCGGCUCGAGCACCACUCUGGAUAGUCCUCAAGCGACCCGCUUAGACACAGCUUCGACUGACGAAUUCAGUCUGUAUAAUGGCGACGAAAAUCAUAAAGUGUGGGCCAGGGGUCGCGACGAAGUCGAUGGUCUUUAUCAGGAACAGGGCACCCUGCGAAGCACGAAAGGAUCCAGACCGCGUCAGUUUCCCCCGCCCCCACCCGCUCAACCAUUGUUGCUGGAAGAAACCUCUUCCGCGCGGAGAAAAGCUAAUAAGAAGCUGAAAAAGAUGAAGACUCGUUCGUUGCACGAGGACGCAUUGCAACAGCAACAGCAACAACAACAACAACAACAACAGCUCCUUCAUCAUCAGUUGCAUCAAGGCGUGUAUGCCAACGGCCACGGACAUCACACCCUGGGUCAUCCUAUCAGGCAGCAACAUUAUCAUCAUCAUCCACUACCACCCAGCAGUCGAUCCGUCGCCGGUACUUUGGCUAGACCGGCGCCGGUUUAUCUGGUACCAGCAGCCACCUUGCCGCGAAAGAGUCAUCAUCAUCCACGUUUAAGACCCAUUCCGGCAGCAGCACCAAUAGUCCCAGUCUAUGCUCCUUUGCCAGUGGUACCGCCGACUGCGGCACCCAUUUAUCCACCAGCCACGUACGGUACCGCAGGAAACAGAGGCAGACGACACCCGGAGGCGGAUAACUCCACCUUGGGCACAUCUAGAAGGUUAGCUGCCUCUCAUGCGGAUCUCACCGCGCCGGAAAUCGCUCGGCAGGCGGAUAGUCCGGAAAACGAGUCUCGCUUUGGUACCGGCAUAUAUCGACGGAAGGGUCAUCUGAACGAGAGAGCCUUUUCUUACAGCAUUCGGGCGGAACAUCGUAGCAGAAGCCAUGGCAGUCUAGCCUCCUUGGGCUUCAGCGCGCAGAACGGCAAUGCGUUACCAAAGGAGGAGAAGAAGGAUCGCGAGAUUGCCCAGCUGGUUGCCGGAUUGAAUCUCAACGAUGGACCAGAACGGACGCAGCCUCCAAAUUCGAGAGGAGGAUAUCAUCAUCACCAACAGCAACAGAUUCAACCGUUGCCCAGGCCGAGACCCCGUUAGAAUCGCUUCUUUGAGACUAGUCUCUUGCAGUGUCAUGCUGUCUGAAGCUUUUUAGGUGGUUCAGAGCGAUUUCUGGAUAUUUUUUAUAGAAGAAAAUACUUUAAAGAGUAUAUACGAAGCAUAUUUAUAGUUAAAUUAAUAUUUUCACCUUCUUUAUCAGACACUAUGGUCAUAAAUUCAAUUACUAAUGAUAUGCUAAUAUUCUUCACUAUAUUAAAACAGGCACAUAUAUGAUAACAGACAAAUAUGGCGUCUUUGAACGCCAAUUCAGCUGCCAAUAAUGAAAA